AGUUGUGGCACCGGAUUACAGCUCAGCGGGCGCUAUCGCACCGGGCAGCGCCGCUUAUCAAUGCGCUCGCCGAACCGUUUAUGCGCGCGUGUUAUUGAUUCCUCGGCGCGUGACACACUGUAGCUGCUAAGUCUUUAAGCCCAGCUGAGCACUCGUGUCCUUUUGUUCAUUUCGUGGUAUCCCACCAAAAUAACUAAAUAAACAAUCGUAGUCGAGAAUGUCAUCUAUCGUCUUGUUCUAACUAAUUUCAGAUACAGAAAAUGGAGUCUCAUGAUGGAAGAACACUUCUGAGAACUAUGUCAUUCAUUUCUUCAAGAGCGAAAGCUUUGAAACAGCGAUUUGUUCCUAGCCAAAGAUCGCUUUCUGUCACUUGGCCUGACCAUGCGACAAGAGCGUUCAUUGAUGAAGACCACCCGCCUUCGCCUGAUUUGGGCGGGUCGUUGCUUUCGUUACUUGAUGAAUCAGAAAAUUCAGUGGUUUGGGACAGCAAGGACACGAAAACGUGCUUCCAGACCCAGAGAUCACGAUCACUGGAUUCUCUUAACUCAGCUCCAUUUAACAUACACAGUUCUUCAACGAUGAAAGACCUUCAAAUUUCAACCGUAAAAACUCAGAGGAAAGUUUCUCUGUCAGUUAAAAUACCACGCCCCAUGGUGUCAAAGUUACGCCAAGAAAACACACAGUUAAUUAGUUCAGCUUUAGUGAGUGAGCAGAGGUAUUGUUCAGAAAAUACUCUACAAACGAAUGACAUAAUUCCCAAAAUACCUGGUCCACAAACAUUUAGAGUUUCUGCCCCUUCCACACCAGAAACUUCAACCACCUAUUCUUUAUAUUCCCCAGUUUUUGUUACAAAUGUAACACCAAAUACAACAUGUGUAACUGGUUCUCAUGUUCAAGAUGCUUCUCCAAUGAAAUCAAUACAGAUAAGUAUGACACCAAGUGUAUCCCAAAUAUCAAUAAUCCCAAAAAUACCUGGACCACCACCAUCUCCAAAGACAUCAAGACCGACUACUCCUAGAACUCUCGAGCCAAUGUUCUGUAACAAUUCUUCGCUAUUUGUUCUUCCAGUUUCCCCGGGAUUUUCCAAUCCAUCAUCACCGAAAGAGUUUGAAAAUGCAUUCCUUGAAAAUUCAGUAAUCCCAAAAAUUCCUGGACCUCCUUUGUCACCAAAACUUUCUUGUCCAACGAAAAAUAAACAGCCGAGCAAUUUAUUCCUAGAUACAUAUCCUUACAGCAGUGCUAUAAAUUUUCCUAUUCUCUCUCCAAAAUCUUUAGAAAAUCAGUGUCCUCGGCGCUGGGCACGGCCGGGCGCCGCCGUGCCUCCGUGCUUCCACCCUCAGCACUUCAAGACGAACUCCCCUGCCUUCAGCAGUCCGCCGUGCAUCCACACAUCGCGCGGCGCUGCCAUCGCAUGA